CGGGAUCCCCGGUGGGGACCGGCUCUGCAGCCACCGCCCUGUUUGCUCGGGCACCGGCCUCACCCCUGCGGGCAGAGCGAGAGGCGGAGCCGGCCGCUGGCCCCACGCUGGGGCACACGAGAGAUCCCAGAGAUGGCCUUCCAGCGGAGCCACCGGCUGAACCUGCUGCGCCUCGUCGUGCUGCUCCUCGUGGCCUUGGCUGGCAUCAAGUUCCUCUUCCGUGACAGCUUUACCCUGGAGCUGCACAAGCACGUCAGCAAGGACAGCGGCUUCUGGGGGGACACAGGUGACGUCGUCCAGGACGUCAUCCCCCAGAGCCAGGUUCUGGAGGUCCCUGCGGCAAAGAUAAUGACCCUGAAGCAAAAGCAGCAGGUCCCCAGGGAUGUCAGUGCCACCGAGAUGAGGCUGGUCCACCUGGACCUCAAGGGAGCCGCGCCCAGAGUCUCCUACCUGGAACAGGUGUUCCCCCUCCUGUCCCAGCUGGGAGCCAACGGCAUCCUCAUCGAGUACGAGGACAUGUUCCCCUUCAAGGGAGAGCUGGAAAUCCUCAGGUCCCCGUACGCUUACAGCGAGGAGGACAUCGAGCGGAUCCAGCAGCUGGCGGAGCAGCACAAGCUGGAGGUGGUUCCCCUGGUGCAGACCUUUGGCCAUGUGGAGUUCAUCCUCAAGCACGAGAAGUACCAGCACCUGCGGGAGGUCGAGCGCUUCCCCAACAGCUUCAACCCCCACGUCCCCGACACGCUGGCCCUGCUGAAGAGCAUCCUGUCUCAGGUGGUCGAGAAGCACCGCCGCUCCACCUGGAUCCACAUCGGUGCAGACGAGGUUUUCCAUCUCGGGGAGGGGAUGGACUCCAAGAACUGGAUGAGCCACAACAAGGGCGACGUGGGGACCAUGUACCUGAAGCACAUCAAGGAGGUUCUGGGCUUCCUCACGGCGCAGUACUGGGGGCUGCGGGUGCUCAUGUGGGACGACAUGCUGAGGAAGAUCAGCGUGGGAGCCCUGCGGGAGUCCGGCAUAGCGAAGCACGUCUCACCCGUGGUGUGGUUCUACGCGCCCGACUUCGAGGCCGAGCAGAUCGUGCCGUUCCUCACCAAGUACGUGGAGAGCGGCUUCGAGGCCGUGUGGUUCGCCAGCGCCUUCAAGGGCACCACGGGGCCGGCGCAGGCCUGGACCCCGCUCAGCUACCACCUGAAAAACCACCUGAGCUGGCUGAAGGUGAUGCAGGCCGUGCCACGGCUGGCCCCGCUGCGCUUGCAGGGCGUCGUGCUCACCGGCUGGCAGAGGUAUGAUCACUACUCGGUGCUCUGUGAGCUGCUGCCUGUCAGCAUCCCCUCUCUGGCCAUCUGCCUGCAGACCCUGGUGAACGGGGGCUUCACAGAAGAGGCAAAGAGGAAGGUCCUGGAUGUGCUGGGCUUGGAGAGCGUGCAGCUGGAGCAGAGCACCUGCGAGGGCAGGGGAGCGUUCCCCGGUGUGGAGAUCUACCACAUGGUGGAGCAGGUUAAUGGCCACCUGAAGGAGAGCAUCCUCAAGGCACUAGAGGAGGAGAGUGCCAUCAAGGGCUGGUUCAGCCCCUACCACAGGAAACGCCUGUUUGGGAACCCCCGUAACAUGGAGAGCUUUGGCAGCAAGGUGCUGAAGCUCCAUGAGGACUGGGAGAGCUUUGUCCGUGACCUGCGUGCCCAGCUGGAGAGGAUCUACUUCCCUGACACGGUGGAGGAGUGGAUGGAGGAGAACGUCAACCCCUACCUGGACCAGCUGCGGGACCUGGUGCGGGACUACCGGGCCAUCAUCCGCCUCAACGGCCGGCCCAAGGCCACGUAG